GUCGGUAGUGCUUAGUGACGCAAAUCAACAGCGACUACAAAACAUUGAAAACAGUAAACGGGUUGAUUGCGUAUUAUUUGUUCGGUAUUUUCUCUUGGAGCUCAACACAAUGGCUCUGGAAACGGUCCCCAAAGACCUGCGUCAUCUGCGAGCUUGUCUACUGUGUUCUCUUGUGAAGACCAUUGACCAGUUCGAAUACGACGGCUGUGACAACUGUGAGUCGUACCUCCAGAUGAAAGGGAACAGGGAGAUGGUUUAUGAAUGCACAAGUUCUUCGUUUGACGGCGUGGUAGCCAUGAUGAGUCCUGAAGACAGCUGGGUGGCUAAAUGGCAGAGAAUAGGAAACUUUAAGCCCGGUGUAUACGCAGUGUCAGUAACAGGCAGACUACCUCCAGGUGUGGUGAGGGAGCUGAAAAGCAGAGGAGUGAUCUACAAAUCCAGAGACACAGCAGUGAAGACAUAACUAUGUCUCCGGUUUAGCCACACCAGAGCUGUACCACAGUGCAGCACCAUGUCUGUGAUGUCUUAUGGAUGUGCUCUUUUUUCUUGUCUUGUUCUUGUUGGGAAAGUGGAUAUUUCUCAUUUCUUUUACCGGCAGAGGGGAGUGGGGGGGGAAUAAAAAGUUGUUUUUAUAAGA